UGGUUCCAAUCCGGAAGGAAGAGAAAGGAAAUGGAAGUAAAACAAGCACUCUUUAUAUAAAAACCCAAGUCCCAAUUAUGAUGAUAAAAGUUUGCAGAUUGGCGGGAAGAUCAAAUUCAGUGCUCGAUUGAGGAAAUGGAGGUUCUGAGAUUGCCGUUAUCCGCGUCACAAAAAGGGAAACUGAUAUCUGCAGGCUACACUUCCAUCGCUUCGCUUUCUUCAGUUUCUCCUUCUCAUCUUGCUCUAGAACUGAAGGUUUCAGAAACAGAGGCACUAGAAAUCCUAAAGAGUGUAUCGGAUGGUAGUCGGUUGCAGAGCACCAGUAGCAGUUUUACCAUUGUCAAUGGUGCCCAGAGCGCGUGGGAUAUGCUGCAGGAAGAGGAAACCUCUGUACAUAUUACCACAUCGUGUGCUGACUUGGAUAGCAUUUUGGGUGGAGGAAUAAGUUGCAAAGAAGUCACCGAAAUUGGUGGAGUUCCCGGCAUUGGUAAAACACAACUUGGAAUUCAACUUGCAGUUAAUGUUCAGAUCCCAUAUGACUACGGUGGAGUUGGAGGCAAGGCAAUCUAUAUCGAUACAGAAGGUAGCUUCAUGGUUGAACGAGCUUUACAGAUUGCAGAAGCUUGUAGUGCUGACAUGGCAGAAUACAGCCGCUUGCAUCACAAGGGGCCUCAAGCUUGUGAAGUCAAAACGAUGCAGCCCAAAGAUUUUCUUGAAAAUAUAUUUUACUUCCGUGUCUGCAGUUAUACCGAGCAAAUUGCCCUCACUAAUUACUUAGACAAGUUCAUCACAGAGCAUAAAGAUGUUAAGGUGGUUAUCAUCGAUAGCAUCACAUUUCACUUCCGACAAGAUUUUGAUGACAUGGCGCUUAGAACAAGAAUACUCAGUGGAAUGGCCUUGAAUUUGAUGAAACUCGCCAGAAAAUUCGGUUUGGCGGUAGUUGUACUGAAUCAGGUGACUACCAAGUAUGCGGAUGGUCAAUUUCAUUUAGCCCUUGCACUCGGUGAUAGUUGGUCACAUUCCUCCACAAAUCGCAUCAUUUUGCACUGGAAUGGCAAUGAACGCUAUGCGUACAUUGACAAGUCACCCUCUCUCCGAUCAGCAUCUGCACCUUAUUCCGUCACACCUAAAGGAAUCAGGCCCUCGGAUUCGAACAAUAAAAGAAUUAAACAUGUCUAAGUUUAUUAUUGCAUAUUCAGGUAGUGUAACAUUUCCAGUCUUGUAUAUCUUUUUUGCUUUCACUUUAUGAAUUAAUUCAUUAAAUCAAUGUUUUAUUAAGAAAGCCGAUCAAGUUUCUUA